ACGAGCGGUCGAGCAACCCCUUCUCCCGCGCGCCGAGAACCCAGAUGUAUAUAUAUUCAGUACAAGUAGAGAUCGCUAGUCCGGAAACGGCUAGAUUUGUGUUAUGUGCCUUUCCGCCUUGGGACGAGCCCGCAUAUUGCCGCAACAAGACAGCCGUGCCGCGAAAAACACACUUCUCGCACCGAGCACCAUGGACCGGCUGCCCGCCGCACCGAACGCGCGCAACAGCCGCUCCCACAGCCGCUCCCACAGCCGCUCGCGCAGCCGCUCGCGCAGCCGUUCGCGCAGCCGCAGCCCGCUGUCACAAGCCUCCCGAUGCAAGCGCACGUCGGGAAAAGCCUGGUCUCGCCAGCCGACCCAAGUCGAGCAGCUCACGGGCGAGUUAGGCCUGACGCGCCUGACGGCGCGGGGCGUCACCCCGGUGACGCUAAAGGAGAUGUUGGCAGAAGUGGGACCCAAGACGCAAGACGCUUUCUUUGACCUCCUAUAUAAGUGCAAUAUUAGAGAUCUCGACUUCGAGUUUGAGCAAACGCUCGAUCUCGAAGUGUUGGCCGCCGAGACGGGCCCGGAGACGAUGCCCGCCCCUCAUCUGCUGAAUAUCGUGUUAGCGGUUCUUGCUUCGCGCGACGGCCAGCAGGCCGCUAGUGAUGGGAAGAAGGACUUGAGCCUGAGCCCCUCAUCUCUCGGACCGCCCGGCGGCGGCGAGGGCGGCCACGGGUAUGCCGACGACGAACAAGAAAAGUACCUGCGAGACUUGGAAGCUGACACCGAGGCUCAUGUACGAAAGGCUCAGCAACGCAUAAGGGAGCUGGAUCGGUUGCGCGUCGAGACGGCCGCGGAAUUUGCACGAAACAAGCACAAGAUCAAGACCGUGAUGCGCGAUUUUGAUCGCAUGGCGCAGGCCCAGGGCUACGCGGGCGCAUUCGACGAUGGCUCGCGGGGGCCGCACCACAAGAACGCUCCGGCGCCGCGCCGCUACGUCGACCGGGCGUCGGGACUGCCGUACUGGCACGACGCGGCGACAGGUAGGUCGUACUGGGACGAAGCGAUGACGACGGAGACCUUGGUUAGCCGCGGGCGCCGGCGCCAACCUGCCGCCGCGGCGCCGGCGCCCGCGGCCGCGAAGGUGGCCACAAAGGUUAGACCCUUCAUCACCCCGAUCAACCCCGACAAAUACGACGUCCGGCUCUAG